AUGUCAAAGAGGGCACAAUUACUUGAAAAUGAAGCGGCAAUACGUUCCCUAUGGCAAGAUACACAGGUUUACGAAUCAAACGUGCCGUCAAGCCAUUCUAGGGAAAAGUACUUUUGUACCUUUCCAUUUCCAUAUAUGAAUGGAAGGUUGCAUAUAGGCCAUGCAUUUAGCGCCCUAAAGUCAGAGUUUCAGGCGAGAUUUCAGAGAACGCAGGGGAAAGCCGUGCUUUGGCCCUUUGGGCUACACUGCACAGGUAUGCCUAUAAUGGCUUGUGCAGAUAAAAUCAAACUAGAACUGCAAGAGGCCCAUAAUGACCAACGCGAUAACCCAGUAACCUUGAAUGUCGACGAAGAUAACCAGAAAGAACACGACAUAGAUUCAAAGGAUUUUACAAAGUUUACAUCGGCUAAAUCCAAGUUAUCUGCCAAAUCCAACAAGCAAAUGACUCAAAUGGAAAUAAUGAAACAUAUGGGAAUAAGUGAUGAGGAAAUUCCUAAAUUUGCGAAUCCAGAUCAUUGGCUAACAUACUUUUCUCCAUUAGCCAUCCAAGAUAUGAAGAUGCUUGGUGUAUCAGUUGAUUGGAGAAGAUCAUUUAUUACUACAAAUAGGAAUCCGUACUACAAUGCAUUUGUUGAGUGGCAAUUUAAUAGAUUGAAGAAGUUAAAUGCACUAUUGUAUGGAUCUAGACCAUCCAUUCUCAGUAGAUUAGUCAUGCAGCCAUGUGCGGAUCAUGAUAGAUCUGAGGGAGAAGGAGCAGUAUCUCAGGAAUACACCGUAAUAAAGAUGAAGUUGAGUUCUUUGGAACACUCCCCUGCAAAUUUCUUGUGGAAGGAUUAUGCAAGCUACAAGGAUAUAUUAUCAACGAAAAGUGUGUAUCUACUGGCAGCAACUUUAAGACCAGAAACCCUAUAUGGACAAACCAAUCUUUUUGUAGUACCUGUAGGAGAGUAUGGAGCUUAUCUUGGAUACAAUAAUCCAAGCCUGGAGUUUAAUUCGUUUGGAGUUGUGGAAAAUAUGGCUACUAUUGAAGAAGCAGUCAAAUCAUGUGAUUGUAUUUAUAUAACUUCUGAAAGAUCCGCCUAUAAUAUGGCUCAUCAAGGAAUUACACUUUUAAACUCCGAAUCUGGUACACUUGAGAAUUUGCAUUGCAUAGCAAAAUAUAAUGGUAAAGAUUUGAUAGGAGCAUCUGUAAUAGCGCCACUGAGUAUAUACGGAACUGUUUAUGUUGUUCCCAUGGUUACUGCCUCUAUGCUUAAGGGAACUGGAAUUGUAGCAUGUGUUCCAAGUGAUUCUCCGGAUGAUUAUAUAACAAUUUUCGAGAUGAGAAAGAAGAAGGAGUAUUUUAAAGACAACUAUAAUGUGAAUGCAGAAUAUUGUGCUCUUGAUCCGGUUCCAAUAAUCGAUAUUCCUGAGAUCGGUACAUGUGGAGCUAUGAAACUUUGUGAAGAAGAAAAAAUCGUCUCUAGCAAAGAAUCACAAAAACUGGAAAAAUGCAAAGAAAUACUAUAUAAGAAGGGAUUCUAUAACGGAAUCAUGAAUAUAGGUCCUCAUAAGGGUUCUAAGGUUUCAGAUGUAAAAGAUAAAAUUCGAAGUGAGAUGAUAAAACAAUCAGAUGCCUUCAUAUACUAUGAACCUACAAAGCGUGUCGUUUCUAGAUCGGGUGAUGUCUGUGUAGUUGGUAUUUGUAAUCAAUGGUACACAAAAUUUGGUGAUGCAGACUGGAAAGGGUCAGUUACAUCCCACGUUGCAGAUCCUUCUAAAUUUACUUGUUAUUCUGAGUCCACCUUAAACCAAGUUAAGCACGUUGUUCAGUGGUUAGAUAACUGGGCGUGUAGUCGAUCUUAUGGUCUGGGGACAGUUCUGCCAUGGGAGGAUAUCAAAAAGAACAAAAAUUCAUUGAUUGAAAGUCUUUCUGAUAGUACUAUAUAUAUGGCUUACUACACUAUUUCUCAUUAUCUUCAGGGUGACAUUUUUGGAAGCAGCUGUGGAUCAUUAGGAAUUGACGCCAAGGAGUUAAACGAUGAUGUAUUCGAUUAUAUAUUCCGCAUUACUGAUUCUCUACCAUGUGAAUAUUCUUGUAAUAACGAUUUUCUAUCGAAAUUAGAGUUAAUGAGGAAUGACUUUUCUUACUGGUAUCCGGUAGAUCUUCGAUCUUCUGGAAAAGACCUAAUAUUUAAUCAUUUAACAAUGAGUCUCUUCAUACAUGACGCAGUUUGGAAGGAUGUUAAGGAUUUUGAAGCUAUGCCUAAGUCAUAUUACUGCAAUGGUCACAUUCUUGUAGAUUCUGAGAAGAUGUCCAAAUCAAAAGGAAAUUUCCUAACGCUAGAGGAUGCAAUAAAAACUUAUACAUCUGAUGGAACAAGAAUUGCUCUUGCUGAUGCUGGUGAUAGCUUGGAUGAUGCAAAUUUUUCCAAAGAAACAGCAGAAGCAGCGGUUCUCAAACUUCACUCCGUAUUAUUGGCUGCACAAUCUGAUAUUUCUCAAGUUGGCUCGAAUUCAAGUGAUAUUAGUGACAUGGCCAAAUUUGCUGGAGAAAUUUUUGAAAAUGAAAUCAAAGUUUUGGCAGACAAGGCGAAAUUUGCUUACGAGAAUUUUAUUUAUAGAGAUGCACUAAAGGCAUGCUUUUAUGACUUUAUUACUUUGAGACAGAAUUACAUACAACUCUCCAGAAACGAGUUUGACUACAAAUUACUAAAGUUUUACCAUGAGAUAUUUUGCAAAAUUGCUAGCCCAAUUAUACCGCAUAUUUGUGAAUACAUAUGGGUUUAUCUUUUAAAAAAUGAAACAAAACUUUCGAAUGAAUUAUGGCCGACAUUCACUUCCGGUAUAGAUUGGAAUCUGCACAGGAAAAUAAAAUUACUUUAUAAAAACUUGGAAGAAUUCAGAAAAUGUAAAGAGAAGUCUCAGGCUUUGGAUAAAAAGCAUUCCAGAAGUAGAAAGUACACUGGCGCUGUGAUUUACGUUGCUAGGGAAUACCCUGUGUUAAAUCAAGAGGUGCUUAAGCUCUUGCAGCGUAUGGGUGUAGGAGAAAAGGACAUUCCAGAAAAGGAAAUGAUAAAGGAAAUGUGCACAUCAGAAUUAGUAAAAAACGCUUCUGUAAAGGAUAAAAAGACGAUUCUAGCGUUUGCAAGCUUCCAGGGUAAGGAAGCUGCUACCGUAGGAUCUAGCGCAUUGCUACUACAACUUCCUUAUUCUGAACUAGAUCUCUACAAAUUAAUUUCACCUUAUAUCGUACAAACGUUGGAUGUGUCAGGUAAAGUCACCACUAAUAACAGCAUACUAUACAGAUGUACACAUAAUGGAUAA